AUGGCUCAUUCUAAGCAUAUAGACAAAGUUCUUGAUAGGCAUAGUGAUGAAACUAUUGCAAAUAAUCGCGUAAGGUUGAAGAUAUCUAUUGAUGCUAUUCGAUGGCUUUCAUUUCAAGCAUGUGCAUUUAGAGGCAAUGAUGAAAGUCCUGGAUCUUUGAAUAGGACAAAUUUUAUUGAGUUAAUUAAACUUUUAGCUUCAUGUAAUCAGAAUGUUAAUAAUGUUGUCCUUAAAAAUGCUCCUAGAAAUGCUCAAUAUAUAUCUCUCGGUGUUCAAAAAGAUAUAUUGCAUAUCUUUGCUAGAAAAGUACGUGCAACAAUUCGAGAAGAAAUUGAAAUUUCAUCAGUUCUUUCUCGUCAUAAUCUUGACGUUCAAAAUCUUAGGGGACAAGGGUAUGACGGAGCUAUUAAGGUUGCUCAAACAAAUAAUGUUGCAAAUUUAAUUGUCAAUGAUCAAAUUGUGACAAGUAGUGGACUUAAUAAAAUUAGUACUUUGCAAAGAGUUGGAGAUACUAUAUGGGGGUCUCAUUUGAAUUCUGUACGUAGCUUUCUAUGCAUGUUUGAUGCUACUUGUGAAGUUCUUGAAAAAAGCACUGAAGAAGGUAAUUUCUCCACUCAUGGUGAUGCUAGUGCUGGUUAUGCUGCUAUCACAUCAUUUGAAUUUGUCUUUGUUUUGCAUUUGAUGAGAAAUAUUUUGGAAUCACAAGAUAUUAAUGGAAGAUUCAAUGAUAAUAUGGUGGAAUUGCUUACUUUAAGUUCCACUUUAUAUCCCAGAGAAAAUUAUAAGCUCUUCAGUGUCAACAAAGUAUGUGAAUUAGUAGAACGAUUUUAUCCAGAUGACUUCAAUUACCAAGAGAGAUUUCACAUUAGAAUGCAAGCUCAACAUUAUGAACUUGAUGCUCCUAAUCAUGUUGAGUUAACUAACUUGUGCAUAAUUUCAGAGUUAUAUCAAGGAUUAACGAAGACAGGAAAGUCUUUAACAUAUCCUUUGAUUGAUUAUUUGAUUCGCUUGGUAUUCACUCUCCCUGUUUCAACUGCUACAACUGAGAGAUCUUUUUCAGCUAUGAAUAUUGUGAAUAAUAGACUCAGAAACAAAAUAGAAGAUGAAUUUCUUACUAAUUGUCUUUUGAUUUAUAUUGAGAAGAAGAUUGCUGAAAGAUUUGACACCGAUUCUAUUAUCGAUGAAUUUUAUGAUAUGAAGAAUCGAGGUGUACCACUUCGUUAUUAA